AUGGUGAGCAUCCUCGAAAGGAAGUCCAAAGAGAGGCUCGACCCAGUCACGACGGCCGUCGAGUCGAUCCAGCAGCAGGUGGACACGAUGGACACGCGCAUCGCGAAACUGGAGAGCAAUGGGGCCCCCCAGACCGUGAACACGGAGGUAUGGGAUCACAUCCAAAAAUUGGAGGUUGAAGUCUACCAGCUGAAGGCGGACGGUCGCCAGGGCGUCGUUUGCAUCCUGUUCGCGAGGAGUGGCCCAUCAUGGGCACGUGGAAGAUCGAAGGGUACACUCAGGCAAAACAGGUCGAGCUUGAGACGCUGA